AUGGAUGCACCGACCCUUGAAGUCUUCCUCGAUAAGCGGCACAAAUAUGCUCUGACGCCAGUCGAGACAGGUCAACUAGCGACCAGGGAAUGCAGCAUCUUGCCCAUUUCCACAGUGCUGCUAGAGUCAGACUUCUCGGGAACCACAGAGCCCAACACCGAGCUCCUACCAACCCCUUCUUCUGCCAAGUAUGGAUCUUUAAAUGGGCACCUGUUUGAGCCGGGUCCGAGGUCUUUUGGCUAUGCUGAAGAGGUUAAAGGGGAAAAUUUUUUGAGGAAAGAGGAAACUUGUAGUGGGCUAGCAUUGGAGAAACAUGUUUGCCCACCCAUACACGAGCAGCAGUCCUCCGAAAAGUACCGGCUCGAAGAGUCAUUACACUCUUCAAAUUUGCCUGUUCCUAUUGACAACCAACUAUCCAACACGAUGGCUUCCCAAACGCAGUUUUCAAGGGUACUUCUGUCUCCUAUUUCUCCGAUGGCCUCUUUGCCAUCCUUGAUUUCAACCUGCCCUCCCGUGAGGUUGUCGAGUGGCUGUGCCAAAUUGGAAACUCAAGAAGCUGGGGCCGAAAUGUCUGGAUUUUUAGACACUUCACGUCCUCAAGCUCGCCUAGGAAACGCACAAGUUAAAAGGUCGAUACAUCCAAUUAUUGGAGGAUCAGAUCGCUCUGAAGACUACCUGUCGAAAUAUGCUGACCACGAUCAAUUGGUCCGUCAAGAGGGACUCGAAGCCUACAGCCAGCUCAUGCCGAUUAUUGCCGAUAUCAACUGUUUUAUGGAGGUACCGAUGCCGGAGAAGAAUGUUGAUGCAUCUGAAGAUGAGCAAAAGUAA